AUGAUCGGCUAUCUCUUCAUGGACAUUCUUGAUUAUAUGCAUUCAAAUAUUUUCAAUACAUUUCUUACAAAUCUGAUUUAUAUUUUCCUCGCCUGUCUAUUCGUUAUCAAUGCUACUCUACAAUUUUUUGUUCUCUACUACAUGAAUAAAAAUGUACAACGAUAUUACACCAUGGUUUUAUCUUGUCUAUUCGAUAAAAUUGCUAGUCAUGCUUACCUUAUCGGCGCAAUCUUGGCCACCGCAAGUUUAACUAAAGCCACGACGAUUUGGACAUUGAACACUGUAGGAGUGUGCGGAUUUGUUAUUGGUGCGGCAAUCAAUACGAUGAUUCCCGCGACGGAUACGAUGUCAAUCUGUGCAGAUUAUUUUAACUUAUUAGGUUCUCUAUUGUAUCUCUUAGCAACAAUUGUGACUCGGAUACCGUUAACACAAAUUAUCGGACUCGUUGGUGAUGCAGUGUACUUGAUUGAUUCGAUUUUAUAUAUGAUCUGUUGGUUUCAAGAACGUGAGAUGAUGACAGAUUCGUUGGGACAAUACGUUUUGAUUAAGUGA